AUGAAUAUUUCAGAUGUUGGUUUAAAGCAAGAUUUAGUUAGUAGAUUAGUUAAUAAAUGCAAAGAAAAAAAGAAGUUAUGUAGCAGUUUGUUUGAAAAAAGAAGAAUAGAAAAUGUAGAGGAUAUAAGUAAUGAUGAGUCUGGUUCCUAUAUGCAUAAUA